AUGAAUCACUCCUCUUUGGACGUCACGAUAAUAUUCACUUCAUAUGGAUCCUUCCGCCCUCUGAAUUACUUCUUUUUAAUCCUGGCUUUAAUUUUCUACCUCCUUUCAGUUUUUUCUAAUGUUUUUCUGAUGCUGGUUAUUUAUGUAGAAUCCAGCCUACACAAACCCAUGUACAUUUUUUUGUUUAAUUUUGCAGUAAAUGGACUAAUAGGAAGCUCUACUGUUUGGCCAAAAAUCAUGGAAAACCUUCUUGCAGACACCCACACAAUGUCAUUUCUAGCUUGUCUUGUUCAGAUCUUUUGGGGCUAUUUCUAUGUGACUUCUGCUUAUACCACUUUGUCGGUCAUGGCCUAUGACCGAUACGUCUCCAUUUGCAAGCCUUUGCUGUACCACACCAUCAUGACUCCUGGAAGAGUGAAAGCUCUGUUGACUGCAGCCAACAUCAUUCCUCUGUUCUCUAUAGCUAUUCUAGUGUAUCUGACUUCUAGACUGCCAAUGUGUAAGUACACCAUUAACAAGCUGUUCUGUGAUAACCUGACACUUGUUAAACUCUCCUGUGUAAAAAGUGUCCUGGUUAAUCUGUAUGGCAUAAGUACAGCUACAAUCUUAAUCGGUUUCCCUUGUCUAACUGUGCUUCUCUCUUAUGCCAAGAUCCUCAAUGUUUGUCUGAAAGCCUCAAAAGAUGCACAAAAGAAAGCACUCAGCACAUGUUCUCCUCAUUUGAUUACCUUCAUUAAUUUCUCUCUGGCUUCUCUUUUCACUGUGAUCUAUAAUAGAUACAGUGCAUUUCUACCAGGGGAGGUUAAUAUUUUACUGACUGUAGAUACCAUUUUGAUUCCCCCUCUGUUGCAUCCAGUUAUAUAUGGGAUCAGGACACAGGAGAUCAGGAAAUGUUUUCUAAAAACAGUGAGGAAAAGUGAGAGACUGUUUAGGAUGACUUUUUAG